AUGUCGUCCUCCCCAGAACAAGAUCAAGCUGCUCAGCUGCAGGAGCUGAUACAGCAACUCACUGUAGCCGCCAAUGCCUGUGACUAUGCACCAGGCACCCAGGGCUACAUCUCCAGGACCAAUGUCGCCGCCAUCGCCAAGGACAUUGUUCGUCUCGUGAUGGCACCGUCCGACAUGUCAAUGCACCACUCGGUCAACAUGCUGGAGAUUGUUUGCAUUCGAACCUUGAUGGGCCUGGGCGUGUUCGAAAAGAUCCCGGUGGAUGGCUCCAUCUCUCUGGCCGAGCUGUCCAGGGUCACAGGCGUCCAGGACUCACUGCUAGGUACUGGCUCACGCCUUCUUUUUGCCAAAGCAAGACUGAUCGUUGUGUCUCGAAAGAACGACAACUUCGACUUCUCGUUGGCACUAAAUUCGUCGAGCAGACCCCUGAAUUUCAUCAACGACGAGUGCCUGGCCACAUUGGUCCAUUUUCACAGCUAUGUGAAAGAACGAGCAGCCCAGGACGGCAAGCCUGUGCAAGAGCCUGAUGAUCCUCUCCGCAAUCCAUACACCCACCGCCAUGGCAUGGACGGACAUCCUGUGUGGGAGAUCAUGGCACAGUUCCCCGAUCGCCUGCGCGCGUUUCAACUGGGCUUCAUGUCCCAAGAGGAUUCCGUCCCGAUCAUCGGCUUCUACGACUACUCUGCGCUCUACGACCCAGAGCACGACGGGGACAGAGCUACCCUGGUCGAUGUUGGUGGCGGCCAAGGCCAAUCCAUCAUCCAGAUCCUCCAGGCCUUCCCAACCCUGCGCGCCGACCGAAUGGUUCUUCAAGAUCUACCCGAACCCAUCGCCCAGGCCCAAACCUCCAAACUCCUCCCCGAAGGUGUCACCGCCAUGGUCCACGACUUCUGGACACCGCAGCCCGUCAAGGGUGCCAAAGCCUACUUCCUCCGCCGCGUCGUGCACGACUACUCGGACGAAAACUGCGUCAAGAUCCUCGCACCCCUCCGCGAGGCCAUGGGCCCGGACAGCAAAGUCCUCAUCGCCGACAUGGUCAUGCCCAAGCGCGUGCACGAAGCCGACCUGCCCGCGGCCGCCAUGGACAACACCGUCAUGGUGAUGGGCGGCAAGGAGAGGACCGCUGACGGAUUCAACAAGAUCUUGGAAGCCGCCGGAUUGAAGAUGGUCAAGAUCUGGCACAGUCGCGAGGGCGGCGCCACGGGCAACAUCGUCGAGGCCAUGUUACCUCCGGGAAAUCCCCAAGGCUCAUGA